AUGGGAUAAAAUAAUUGCACUCCUAACAUUCCUGGAUUGGAAAAUUGCUAUGCUAGAUAUGAAUAAACUGAUGAAAAUAAAUAUCCUUAUUUAAUAGCAAAUAAACAUAGAUUAGCAGAAUCAUAAAACUCGCAGAUCUUUGAAUUAUAUCAAAAACAACAAGAUCAACUUAGAUGUUAUUUGUAAACUUCUCGUUAACUAUCUUAAUCAACAAGACGUAAUUAUGAAUUUGAAGGACGUUUUCUUAAACUUCCAUCUCAUCUUAUUUGUCAUAUAAUGUAUUUUGUUAUUGAUGAUUAUCUUAACUUAUUACUCGUUAAUACAUUAUGGUAUACAAGAUUAAAUGAAGCUUUUUCAAAAACAGUUAGUAUUGUUGAUGAGAAAUUUUAACAAUCUCAUUCGUUUUUAAAAUUAAAAUAGUCUAAGAAUGCUUUUUAGACUUUUCAAUUUGGAAGACAAUAAGGUUUUAGAUUAGAUAGAUGUCUAAUUGCUGAAAUAACUCCUGGUUUUGAAAGUAUAUAAUUAUACUAAUUUAAGAUUCUAUUGUUAAAAUAUCGUAUACCUAUCUUUGUAAAAAAUAAGAGAAAGCUGUAUGUUAUAAAUUUGCUAUCUUAAGAAAGAAUACUGCUAGAACUAUUUGGAUUGGAGUUGAUUAAAGCACUGUAACAAUCUAAUUAUUAAAUAUAGAAUAUUUAUGAUAAAUAAACAGUUCCUGUAAUCUAACCAGUCUUACCUUUUUGUAUUGGAGACUUUAUAAGAAUCCCAUUUACUCUAUUAAAUAUAUAAGGAUAAGUUAAUUUAUAAAGCAUAAAAUGGAAUAAACCAUCUAUUGAAAAACUUGAUGUCGGCAUUUUUGGAAGUUAAUUAAAAUAUUAUUAAUAGAUCCCAAACAUAUAGCAAUGUAACCACCUCUUAGAUUCGAACCAAAAGAUGCAGAUUGGACUCUAUUUUAAUACUUUGAUCAUCCAAUGAAAAAAUGUUUUGAUAAUUUCAAGCAAAUUAAAUUAAAAGAGUGUAGAUGUUGUGGUAAUGGUUUAGUAAUUAAUCGUAUGAAUUAUACAUGUGUUUCUGAGGGUCAACUAAUCAUACCUUAAAUUAAUAUGAAACUUAUAGUCAAAUAAGGUUCUAUUACUAAUCAAGUUCAUCGAGCAACCGUUAGUUUUGAAUUAGAUAACACUUUAGAAUUAAGAAUUGGAGAUCUCUUAAACUUGUACUAUCUAAGAGGAGGAGAUUCAUGA